AUGAGGAGAGAUAACUCUAUCUGUGUUACAACCACACAGAAAGACAGGCUGUCUGCUGCAGAUGCCUUUGCCCUGUUAGACACUGUUGGUGUCCCCACCUCUAGUCUACAGGCUGUACAGGCGCUGAAUCAGACAUCUUUCGACGUAACGUUCCGCACCCUGCGGGAUAGGAAAUUGUAUGCUGGUAAGCUAGCACAGCUAGACUGUGUAGAUGUUCGUGUCUACGGGAGCGCUGAGUCCAUCAUUACAGCCUCCCGAAUUCCUGACGAAUUCGACGAUAACUAUGUCAGGAACUACUUGUCACGUUUCGGACAGGUCCUUGCUUCCCGUAUGGUAACUUACAGGGACAGGCCUUCCGUCAGAAAUGGCAACAGACAGUACAAAGUUGUCCUCAAGCCAGGCGUAAACGUCCCGUCUUCUUGGAGGUUGGCGGAUGGUCGUCUGGUGUUUUUCAGCUAUGUUGGCCAAGUCAGAACGUGUAUCAAAUGUUAUCAAGAGGGUCAUGAAGCGGCGAACUGCACUGUCCGCUUUUGCAACAAGUGCCAAACGGUCGGUCAUAUCGCCUCUGACUGUACCAAUGACAUAGUCUGCAAUAAUUGCAACAAGGAAGGCCACACCGCUCGCCGGUGCCCAACAUCCUACGCAAAUAAGCUACAGCUUGAGAACAAAUGGACCAAGGGUCCUGAAGCUGUGGUAGAUAAGUCCACGUGCAGCUCUGGAGUCCCUGCUCAGGUGGAGCAGACUGAGUCUGAAACAGUGGCUCACGACUCUCCUAUGUCGCAGGGGCAAGACCCUGAUGAGCAGGAUAACUCCGAGGAGGAGUCAGCAGAUUCCUCCGAGGAGGACACAGAGGAGAAAAUGGAGUUAAUCCUAACUCCCUCCCCUGGAAACGAGAGCGAGAGCACCCAGCCCAAAGCUGAGGCGCAGAGUAAGACUUCCCGUCGCAAAAAACCGACGACGAAACAAGGUCAGGGGAAAGAACAACGAACCCCCUAAUCAGAAUAAUGAAAUUGAACAGGCCGUAACUCUCGAACUUAUGGCAAAGGAAACGGGUGUCAAGAAGACCACGAUCUCUGAAACCACUGGUACGUCAUCAGAUGAAAAAGACCCCGAGAUUACAGGAAUGGAAGUUGGCAAAAUGACGGCCAAGAGGCC